AUGCCGGUGCUGAUCACGUAUGCGACAUCUCGUGGCUCCACGAGGGAAGUCGCCGAGCGAAUCGCUUCAAGACUACACAAUGACGGUUUUGCCGUCGACUGCCGGCCCGUCGACCGUGUCUACAGCGUGGCCAACUACAAGGCUGUCAUCAUAGGGAGCGCCGUACACAAUGCCAGAUGGUUGCUGGAUGCCGAGCGAUUCCUCGACGUCGAAGCCACAGGACUCCGGACGAAACCCCUCUGGUCGUUCAGUAUGGGCUCAGCCUCUGCGAGCACACCCGGUUGGAGACGGGAAAAAGUGGCCAAGCGGGAACAGAGAAAGAUUGAACGCAUGAUCAUAUCAAAGGUGCCCACAGUCAGAGAGCAUCGCUUUUUUGCUGGAAAGAAUGAUGGACAGUCCUGGUCGGGUCUUGCGAGAAGCAUGUACCGUUGCAUAGGUGGGAGGUUCGGUGACUUUCGCGAGUGGGAUGAAAUCGACAUGUGGACAGAUGCCAUUGCGAAGGAAAUGAAAGCCGAAGGCAUUUGA